ACAGAAGAAGCUCCAGCAGGAAGCCGGAAGUGGCAGAGCUCGAGCUCCAGCACGUAAACAGACACAAAGAGCAGAAAAAAAGAAAGUUAUUCGGCGCCGCAGCGAUGGCCGGCAUUAAAGCUCUGGUGGGUCUGUCCUUCAGCGGGGCCAUCGGACUGACGUUCCUCCUCCUCGGCUGUGCUCUGGAGGGAUACGGGGUAUACUGGCCGCUGUUCGUCCUGAUCUUCUACGUGCUGAGUCCCAUCCCCACCUUCAUAUCGAGGCGGGUCAGCGACGAUACCGAGUCCUCCAGCAGCGCCUGCAGAGAGCUGGCCUACUUCCUAACCACCGGCAUCGUGGUGUCGGCGUUCGGGCUUCCCAUUAUCCUGGCCCGCACCAGCACGAUCCAGUGGGGCGCCUGCGGUCUGGUGAUGACCGGAAACGCCGUCAUCUUCCUCACCAUCCUUGGCUUUUUCAUAGUGUUUGGGGGCGGGGACGACUUCAGCUGGGAACAGUGGUAGGGCUGGUUUGGACGGCGGGUGGGGAGUCGGACGGUUGGAAGAACUGCUCUUCAAUCUGGGAUGACGCUAAAAACCAGCCGCUCGUCGAGCCCGGGUUUAUCUUCGAGGGUGUCAAGGUUGGAAGCUGUCGCCUGUUAUGUGCCUUAUGUCUACAACGAGGAAGACGCUGAUGCCUGUAACCCUUUCUCGUGUCCGUGUGCCUCAUCUCAUCCAUCCUAAGUCUUUUUCAGUUUAUCUCGUGUUGCGUUCUUAACCCUUCGUAUCGCCGAACCUCCUCUGUUCAUAUCAUAAAGGGAUACUGAAUAAUAAAUCCGCCGCUCUGUCCUCUUGUCCUGGAGGGGAGUCUCCGUAUUGAACUGAAGCUCGUCUCGUAUUCGCACUGUUCUGUUUGAAGCAACAAAAAAAAAAAGGCCGGUUAUUUUAAUCCACACUUUCUGACGGCUGUUAUACCGAACUCAUAUCAGGUGAAGAUAAUACGCGUUCGAUGUGUGUUCUCUUUUCUUUUUCAUCUUGCCUUAAGACUUUUUACGCCUUACUUUUUGUUGUGGUGCACUUGUUUACAUUUUCACCAAAGAUCACUUUCUGAAAAUAUGCAAAAAUGGAACAUCUGUGGAUUUUCACCGUCGCCUUUGUUUCUCAGAAGGCAGAUGAGGCAUUUGGGGGAAAAAAAAAAAAAACGUUUCCUUGUGAAAGCAGUCCAGAAGAUGCAGCACCGCUCCUUUUAUAUUCCUGUGAUCAUAAAACUGACAAAAAAAAAUCAUAUCUAUUUUUACAUAUUGAAUGGAAAAUACUCUACUUGUAUGCUUUGAAGCUAAGUGCACUUUGUCCUAAUGAAGGCUUCUGCUGCGUUUGUAAAUGCUUAUUGUACACAAUGUCUGUUUGAUUACCAGAGAAAUCACUGUGUUUUGGUUUUGACUUUUAUUUUUCUGCAUUUGUUUCACCAUCAGGGAGCCAUUGAAGGUAGUAACUGUAAAUUAAUAACACGCCCUCAUUUUCCAGUUUGAUCAUUUUCAGGAACUUCAUUUUAAAAGCGGUUCCCGUGUCCAUUGGUCCAGACAAGGCUGUAAGUUAUAGAGUUCCCUCCUGUCCCACACACACCUGCUUCACAGGUGGAAAUAUUGUAUUGUUUGUAACUGACACCUCCAAGAACCACAUUCUUUUCAUUGUGACUCCAAUAUACAUAUUUUGAACACUAAAAACUGUU